CUUCUCCAGUUCGCUUCACUGCAACACCUAAAAUCUCAUUUUUGGUGGCGAAUUGAAGGUGACACUCUUCCAUUUUCGUCAAAGGAUGAAGAUGUCAUUGAUUCGGCCUUUGCUCUUGACAAGGCGAGGAUUCAGCACAAGUUCUGAGAAAAUUGUUGCGUCUGUGCUCUUUGAGAGACUCCCAGUGGUCAUCCCCAAAAUUGACCCUGUGGUUUAUGCAUUUCAAGAAUUCUCAUUUCGAUGGCGACAACAAUAUCAACGCAGAUAUCCUGAUGAAUUUCUAGACAAAUCUGAGGCAAGGGGGAAAGGUGAUUAUCAGAUUGACUAUGUGCCAGCCCCACGAGUCACCGAAGCUGACAAAAACAAUGAUCGAAGCUCAUUACAAAGAGCUCUUGACAGAAGACUCUACCUUCUUCUCUAUGGUAAUGCAUAUGGGGCUCCAAGCGGGAAGCCUCUGUGGCAUUUUCCAGAGAAAGUUUAUGAAUCAGAGGAUACCAUGCGCAAGUGUGCAGAAUCCGCACUGAAAUCAGUUUUAGGAGAUCUUUCUAAUACAUAUUUUGUUGGAAAUGCUCCAAUGGCCCACAUGGUUGUUCAGCCUACAGAAGACAUGUCUGGAUCCACAUCUUUCAAGAGAUUCUUCUUCAAGUCACAAGUGAUUGCUAAAAACAAGUACAGCAUUGAAAAAUGUGAGGAUUUUGUUUGGGUGACGAAGGAUGAAUUGAUAGAGUAUUUUCCCGAGCAAGCUGAGUUUCUUAACAAGAUGAUCAUUAGCUGAUGACAGUGAAGCACAGUUGUUUAAUUAAAAUUAUUGCAAAUUAGUUCAUAGAAUGACUCUGGAGAACCUUACAAGAAGAUCAAGGUUUCUACUCACAGCAGAAGGUUUCGAUUUAAAGUUCAAUGUGACAUCUCUAAUUUUGGGGGCUUAUGUAUGAUUUAAUGGAUGCUGGAAGCCUAUUGUUCAAAAACUUUUUUUUUACUUUCAUCUCUAUUUUUUCCUAGUUGUACUGUAAUAAAUAAUUUGCCUUGGUGACUGUGACGUUGAGAAUACGUAACCCAAUUUUGUUGAUAUUGUCACUGUUUGGAUGUCUAUUUUGUCAGUUCACCAACUAGUCUUGUUUUGGAGUCCAACGUAACAUUUUUCUCCUGUCUUGCCAAGGACCUUUUC